CCCACGUCCACAAAAGAAAGAAAACUGUUCUCACUCUCUCUCUCUCUCUCUCUCUCUCUCUCUCUCCCUAAGUGUCAUUUUCUCACAUAUACUUCACACAAACAAGCUAGAAACAACCAUUUAACUUCAGACCUUGUCCUCCGCUCUUCUCUCUUCCUCUUUGUCCCCUCUCUUACCCCCAAACUUUCAAAUCCCUGCAACUAAAACCAUCUCCUUAGUUCAUCAAAACCCAUCUGAACAAAACCCAAAUAAUUUUCCAUGAAAUCACAUCACCGACACCUUUGAAACUACCCAAGAGUAAUCCUUCUCAUCUAUCCAUAAGUGAGGUAAAAGGAAGAAGAGAAGUUAGCUGAGGAGAAGAAGGAAGGAAGAAAAGGGGCAAAAAAGAUUUCAGAGCUAUCUGUUCCCUUCCACUUAUGAUGGAGCUUUUCCCUGCUCAACCUGAUUUAUCUCUUCAAAUUAGUCCUCCCAACAGCAAAUCCACCACAGCUUGGAGGAAAACAGAUGAAGAGAUGGAUUUUGGUUUUUGGAGGAGAGCUUUAGAUUCCAAUAACACCAUUGGUUCCACCAUAAUAGAUUCAAAGCCUGACACCUCUUUUGAGCUUUCCUUGGCAAAUCCAAGGGCUUCUUCUUCUUCUUCUUCUUCCUUAGAUUCUAACUCCAACCAUCUUCAUCAUCUUCUUCUCCAUGGUAAUGGAAAUCUUAUUCAACCACUACAAAACCAAAGGCAACAUCAAGUUCUUCACCAGCAACAACAACAAGGACUUCAUCAAGAGCUUGGAUUCUUAAGACCCAUAAGAGGAAUUCCUGUUUACCAUAACCUUCCUUCCUUCCCUUAUGUCCAACAACAACAACCACUAGAUUCUUCUGCAUCAACUACAACUACUACUUCUUCUUCAACUUCAUUCCAACCCCAAAACAUGAUGAGAUCAAGAUUUUUCUCAAGGUUUCCUGCCAAAAGAAGCAUGAGAGCUCCUCGAAUGAGAUGGACUAGCACCCUUCAUGCUCGCUUUGUUCAUGCUGUUGAGUUGUUAGGUGGCCAUGAAAGGGCUACACCCAAGUCGGUUCUAGAGCUCAUGGAUGUGAAAGAUCUAACCUUGGCUCAUGUCAAAUCCCAUUUACAGAUGUAUAGAACUGUAAAGACCACAGAUAGACCUCCUACCUCUUCGGGCCAACCAGAUGGAUUUGAAAAUGGAUCAGCUGGAGAAAUUUCAGAUGAUAUGAUGCUUGACAAUAAUAAUCCAAGAUCUUCUGAAUCUUCAGUUCAGCAGGGAAGGAGGGUAGACAAGGAUUAUUGUGGCCUCUGGAGCAAUUCUUCCAGCAGAGAAGCUUGGUUGCAUGGCAAACCCAGAGAUUCUGAAGGAAGCACAUCACCUUUUGAGGACCCAAAGUGCCAACACUAUGAAAGCAUAUCAGAUAUGAGCUCAUCAAGUCUCUCAGGAACAAGCCCCAAGAAGCCCAAUCUGGAUUUCACCUUGGGCAGAUCACUUUGAUAUCAACUUCAGUUAAGAGUACUCAUUUUGAAAUCAUAAUCUCUGAAGGGCUGGUGAUGACAAAUCAGGUGCCCACUUGAAAAUCAGGAAAAAAAAGAGGAAAGAAGGGAAAGGAAAGGAAAAGCAAGAAAAAGAGAGUGAAAGAAAGACAAAGAGACAAAAGAGACAGAAAGCAGAAAAAAAAAAAAAAAAAAAAAAAAAAAGAGAGAAGGUUGAAAAAAGCAUCUCCUUCCUAGCAAGCUGUAAGAACCAAGGCACCAUAUUAUAUUCCUACGUAAAUAUGAAAUCUAAUUGAUUUUA